AUGGAUAACGAAGAACAAAAUUUUCCAAAUUCUCAAGAAUCCAUGGACAUUGAAGAGAUAGGCGAUUCACUAAGUAAUUUAGAGAUCGAAAACAAAGUUAGAGAAAUCAAAGAACACAUACUGGAAAACAUCGAAAGACAAGGAUUAAGUGACAACACAGCAGAAAAGACUCAGAGUACAAUAACAGAAGAAAGCUCAAAUGAAAACAACCUGACACAACAGAGUAAGACUCAACAAGAUGAAGAUUUUGACUAUACAGGAAACCUGAUAGGAUUUACAGCAAAAACUUUGGAUGAAAUUUGUGAGAUAUAUAAAAAGCAUGCAUUUGCUAUGGGAUUUGAGAGUGGUUUAAAGCCAACUGAAGCUUACAAUUUGAUGACUAAUGAAGCUGGUGGUGAAGAUUUGUUAGGACAUACUUUGAGGGACCAUUUAAACUACAUAUCAAGAAGAAAAAUGAAAGAAAUUGAAGGGGGUGAUGCACAAACUGUUAUAGACAAUCUAUAUAAAAGACAGGCAGAAGAAGAAGAUUUUUUCUUCAGAUUUAAGCUAGGAGGUGAUCAAAACACAAACAGAUUAACAACCAUAUAUUGCAGAGACUCUGAAAUGAAGGAAUACUUUGAUAUCUAUGGUGAUGUAACUGUUUUCGAUACCACAUACAGAACUAACAAAUACAACCUCAUAUGUGCACCUAUAGUGGGAGUCAAUAAUCAUUGGCAGAAUGUGAUGUUUGGGUGUGCAUUUAUAGCCGAUGAGAAGACUGACACGUUUGAGUGGGUUUUAUCAACUUUUAAAAAGUCUAUGGGAGGGAGUCAGCCUGUUACAAUAUUCACAGAUCAAGACUUGGCAAUGUCAAAUGCAAUUGAAAAGGUAUUUCCUCAUUCAAGGCAUAGGUUGUGUAUUUGGCAUUUAAUAAAAAAUGCUGUUUCAAGAUUUGGAUCAUUAAAACGAAACACAUCUUUCAAAGAUGCAUUCAAUAAAUGCCUAAGUGGUUGUAUCACAGCAGAAGAAUUUUUAGAGAUUUUGAAACAGAGUUUAGUUAUUCAACAGGAUGCAUAG